CCUUCUGCCUCCGGCGAGGCAGAAAAUUGACUGACAUGCGAAAAUGUUUCAGGCACAUGCAUAUUAGCAAAUUCGGUUAAAAUCUGAGGGAAAUGGAUGGAGAAAAUGUAAGCAGUUCCAUUAGGUACGUGCACUAUGCAAUUUUGGCUACCACGAGCAGCGCACGUCAAUCAUUGCACUUUUCUGAAAGAUCUAAAAGUAAGUUGUUUGAAAGAUCUCAAUUAUUGCACUUUGGUUUGUACUGUAACAAUGAGCACAGUACGCCCCCUUUCUUGGUCUGCUGGUGAUACAGAAAAAUGGGUGACAUCCCAUCGACUCACGCAACCACCUAAACUUUCUACUACUGUUUAUCGUCAUGGGCGGAGUGUCUGAUCUGACAGAUAAUGCGCAUAAUAAAAGAGCCAAUGCAACGGAAGAAGGUCUGCAUGCGUGAUCCGAGCCAAGCUCGAGCAAUCCACCGCGCGACUUCCCGAGAAUCGACAUGGUCUGUGGCGAGAGCAUGCCAUUGGAACGCAAGAAGGUAUGCGUGAUCGGAGCCGGGAUGGCCGGGCUCGCCUCAGCCCGCGAGCUGCGCCGGGAGGGCCACGACGUGACGGUGCUGGAGCAGAACGCCGACGUGGGCGGGCAGUGGCUGUACGACCCGAGGGGCGACGGCGCCGACGACCCUCUCGACGCCGCGGGGCCGGUGAAGGUGCACGGCAGCUUGUACGCGUCCCUCCGCGUCAUCAGCGCCCGGGAGAACAUGGGCUUCACCGACUUCCACUUCGCGCCCAAGGAUGGCCGCGACGGCCGCCGCUGCCCGGGCCACCGCGAGGUGCAGCUCUACCUCAAGGACUUCUGCGACGCGUUCGGGCUCAUGGAGGCUGUCCGGCUCAACACGCGUGUCCUGCGCGUCGCCAUGGCGGUGGCACCGACGCGGCAGUGGGCGGUGAGGUCCGUACACGAGGGUACGGAGGAGGAGGAGAGGAGGUCUUCGACGCCGUCGUCGUCGCCAACGGCCACUACUCGCAGCCGAGGCUGCCAAGCAUCCAGGGCAUGGAGGCGUGGAGGGGGAGGCAGAUGCACAGCCACCCGUACAGGCUGCCGGAGCCGUUCCGGGGCGACAUGGUGGUGGUGGUGGUCGGGUGCGGGGCGAGCGACAAGGACAUCGCCAUGGAGGUCCGCGGAUCAUGAUUCAGAGAGGAGCACUACGAAGACACCCCCGCAACCUAGGAUUCGGAAAUAGCAGCCAUGCGAGAUAGGGGUCAGCUGUUCCUGUGGGAAUGGAGUUCCAUCAAUCUUGGAGAUCCAUGAGUCGCUUCCAUCAUCUGCCACUGGAAAUCAUUGUUGCACCCAAUGGACCUAUAAGGUCUUGUACUCAAAUCCUUGUAAUUGCUUGGAAUUCUGUAUCAAGGAAAUAUCCACCAGCAACAGUAAUCCUGGGGCUGGUGGUGACAUAAGGGUCGUUUGCUGGGAAUUUAUGUCCGGAAAUCCGGCCACUACAACCUUGGUAUCAGAGCCAGGCUGACCACUGACUAAUCCUAUCUUAGCCUGGUCACUAUCCCUAGGUUUCCACACCGUCCAUAUCUUUUCUUAUCCACCGUCAAGCUCAUCCUAUCCGAUAGCCUGCACAGUGGCGAGCCUGAGGUCUUCCUUUGAUCUUGUUGGCUACUCCGAUCAGACUAUGUGGGUGACAAGGUUGAUAGAAAGUCCACUUCAGGUACUUAUCAAUUUCUUGGUAGAUCUCUUGUGUCUUGGUCCUCCAAGAAACAAAACUCGGUAUCCUUAUCCACCGUCGAAGCGGAAUACAUUGCUGUCGGUUCAUGUUGUGCUCAAUUACUUUGGAUGACCCAAACUCUUAA